AUUCCAACAAGCCAUGGUGCAGACGGCAUGGGCGACCAAGCUCCGGGAUAAGCUGCUGCGGCUCAACCGGGUCUCCAAAGCCUUUCUCAUCUUGGCUACUGCCGACUGUUUCAUCAUCAUUGUGCUGGCGCUGCUGCAGCUGAUCACGGGCUACACCACAGUGGGGACGUCGACGACGGACAAGUCGAUCGGUGAGAACGGUGUGCCGCGAUAUGUGUACUGGUCGAUUCUGGAGAUCCUGACAGUCUGCUUCUUCUUGUACUUUGCGUGGGACUCUGUCCUCACGGAGAAUGUGUUUGAGCUGUGGGCUUUUCAGAUCGCCACCUUUCUGGCCUCGGUCUAUGCAGUCAUCCAGUACUACUCGGUGGAGGAGGAGAACAACACAGUCGGUGCCUUCCAGCUCGCGGUUAUUCUCACGUUCCAGGUCUGCUUCUGGGCGCUAUCUUACACUUUGCAUCGAUCGUUUGGCUGGUGGGUCUUCCGGCGCCUCGGCGCCGACAUCGAGCUCAAGUCGAUGUACAAGAACUACCAGCUUUUUCUGGCCCAGGUCAAGUUUGACCUGCAAUUUGGCCUGCUGCUGGUCAUGAUGUCGACGUUUUUCUUUGCCGCCGCCUCGCCUGUCUUUGUGUUUGUCGAGAUUGUCAUGCUUGCCUUUACCAUUUUCUACGCCACCCUUGGCAUUCGCGGCAUCCAGCGCGAGGACCGCCGGCUCAUGCACUGGUUCUUUGGCCUCGGCAUCAUCGCGCCCAUCAACAUUGUCAUCAAGGCUGUACUCAUUGCCAGCGAUCCCGAUGACUACGGCGCCAACGCGCCGUACGCUCAGAUGGCCGUCACCGCCUCGCUUGCCAUCAUCAACCGCAUCACCGUCAUGAUCAACGGCAAGCGCGCGUACGAAAACUUUGGACGCGGCCUUCGCGAGAACGCGUUUGACCACACCAACGACGACGACGCCGCCGAAGCGCCCGAGGCCAUGGACGUGGCGCUGCUCCCGGUCUUUGACACGCCGUCAUCCAACGCUGUUGCUCGCGGCCGCCACUCGUCGCUUACGGUCCAAGACUACGAUCCCAACCUGGUUGACGCGUCGGCGCUCUUCCAGCCUACGCUCGAGAGCUGAUCUGCGCGCUCAUACACUCAUUCAGCCUUUUUUUGCGCCAGACGUGGCCGAUCCGCCGGCCCGAGUCCACCGCAGGGCACUCGGUUGCGAGACCGAGGAGUACCAUUUGGGCUUGGAAGGCGGCGGCGGCGCCUCGGCUCGCUUCUUGAUGUCCUCAGCCCGGAACCGCGCGAGCGCCGCCAGGUUCUGCUGGAGCUGUGGGUGCUUGCGGAGGAGGACGCCGAGGUUUUUGGACGGGAGCUUGAGGAGCGUGACGUGGGUCACUGCCGACACAUUGGCCGACCGCUUCGAGCCCAUGAAGACCGCCAUUUCGCCGACGAGCUGCCCGUCCGAGAGCAGAACGACGGGGCCGCGCGGAAGGUGGACUUGCAGCACGCCGUGCGCGACGUAAUACAUGUACUUGGACGCGUGCCCGGCCUUGAGCACCAGCGAGCCGGCCUCGAACUCUUCCACCGUCGUGUUGGCCACCAGAUCAUCGAGCACCUCGGGCGCAUCGAGCUCGACGUGCAUCCAGGUCGAGACUGGGAGCGAGUUGUAGGUGACAGGCAACCGCCGCCGCGGCGGCUUGGCGUCGCGCGGCUCGAGCUCAAGCGAGCGCGCAAACAGCGUGUCCUCGUCGAUGCCGGCUGCCGAGCGGAGAAAGACCUGGAUGUCCUCCACGGCGUGGUACUCGUAUGGCGCAGCCUGCAGCCGGAGAAGCUCGUUGAUGACGCCGGCGUUCAUGGCGUGCUUGGCCAUGUUGAUGAGAUUGUGCGGCGCCACCAGCGAUGGGUUGCCGUCGUCGAUAAAGACCAGGUCCUGCAGAAAGA